UUCAAACACCUACCCGGACGUGAGCUAAACGUCACGGCGCGUGAUGAUGACGACGUAGAUGUCAAAUGUGGCUUUUCCGUGAUGCUUCUUUCUGUAGCUAACAUGCCUCUUUUAAGACUUUAAACCUGAAAUUAUGGCAUUGAAUCAUCUGAACCUGCUGCGACCUCUGCUGUGUCAGGCCCUGGUGCGACAGCUCAGGUCUCCCCUCGUGGCCACCUCCAGGGUCAGUGCACCGCUCUUAUGCCCCAGUACCACCUCUUACCCUGCUGCAUGCGUCAGGCUCUAUGCCACCAAGAAGGCAAAAGCUAAGGCAAAGGGCCAGGCAGCUAAGGUGAAUAUUCAUUCGGCUCUGGUGGAAGACAUCAUCAGUCUGGAUGAAGUGAAGGAGGACAUGGCGGCUGUUCUCAAUGCACUCAAAGAUGACUUCACACGCAACCUCAGUAUCCGAACCUCGCCAGGAGCUCUGGAUCACAUUGUGGUGACGACUGAAGAUGGGAAGUUCCCCCUCAACCAGCUGGGUCAGGUCUCUAUGAAAUCACCUCAGCUCAUUAUGGUCAACAUGAGCAGCUUCCCUGAGGCUACAGCGGCUGCCACCAGUGCCCUGAGAGAAAGUGGCAUGAACUUAAAUCCAGAAGUGGACGGGACAAUCAUCAAGGUGCCUAUUCCCAAAAUAACACGGGAACACAGAGAGAACCUCAGCAAGCUGGCCAAGCAGCUGAGCAACAAGGCUAAAGACUCACUGAGGAGAGUACGAGCCAACGCUGUCACACAGGUCAAAAAGGCAAAGGAGGGACACUCAGAGGACACAAUACGACUCUUAGAAAAACAGAUUCAGCAGAUGGCGGACAACAUUGCAGUGGACAUUGACAAACAGCUUGCAGCCAAGACCAAGGAGCUGUUGGGCUGACGGUAAAAAUAAACGCACAGGUCUUAUUUUUGAUUUUCUAUCAUUUGGCUGUAGCUGUAUCCACAGAUGGACGUAAACAGCAGCAGCAACAUGUCAGACAUACUAUGUUGAUAACAGACAGUGACUGGAUCACUUUGAGGAGGUAGUUUUUGAAUCCCACAGACAAACAAAGUCUUGGGUCCUGUAGUACAUGUUUGGGUUCUCCUGGCUUUGGAUCCUGCCCACAUCACUGGCAAAGAUUCUUCUCUUCGCUGCUGGGUGAUAUCUGUGUUUAACCGUCGGCGCAUAAACAGAAAUUGGCACGGAAACAACAACAACGACAGACUGCCAGCCACCUCCCUCCUCCCUUGUUGCUCUUCCUGUCUUCAAACAAACUCAGAGCAAGGGACGAAUGGACUUUUAAUGGGAUUUGUGGGCCUCCUCCUAAUCAAACCCUUUGCCACAAGGGCUGUCUGUUUAUAUAAAACAAGCGCACCCGUCUGAAUGUAAACUGGCUGCGGGUUUGUCUUGGUGGCAAGAGCGAGAGAGAAAUGCAGAGAGUUUGUUCCAGAGACGCAGGGAGCUGACUGAACAGAUAUCAUUAGCAUGUUGCCAAACAUUUGUUUCACAUUGAUUCAAAGUCUGUCAAAAAUGCACUUGAGAAAAAAAAAAAAAAAAAAAACCCCCGUAAUUUCUGCCCUUGUCUAGGAUUGAUAAUAUGGCUACUCACUUUUAAACACAAUAAAGUCGGGAAAGUAACAUUAUUGAUGGACCCCAUUAAAGAAACACUGCUUUGUA